GAUCCUUUAAUUGUCUACAAAUCGAGUAGCUGGAAUUCUAUGCCAUAUUCUCUCUCCAUAAGUAUGUGCAAGGUGUUUUAACCAUUUAUAUAUAUCUAAAGCACUAAAUACACAUUGUUUCCACUGAUAUUAAGCAGAAUAUCAAACCAUGUUUUCUUCUCCCUCAAAACCCUUCCUACUCUUCAUCAUCAUCAACUUGGCAGCAAUAACACCAUUUCUAUCAAAUGCUCAAUUGAACACAACGUUUUACGCUUCCACAUGCCCAAAUGUGUCUUCCAUAGUUCGAAAUGCGGUUCAACAGGCUCUGCAAUCCGAUCCAAGGAUCGGUGCCAGCCUCAUCCGUCUCCAUUUCCAUGAUUGCUUUGUCAAUGGAUGUGACGCUUCCAUUUUGUUAGACGGCAGCGCAAGCAUACGGAGUGAGAAAAAUGCUGCCCCAAAUAUCAACUCCACCAGGGGAUUUGUUGUUGUUGAUAACAUCAAGACCAGUUUGGAGAAUUCUUGCCCUGGAAUUGUUUCCUGUGCUGACAUUCUUGCCCUUGCUGCUGAAGCUUCUGUUUCUCUGCAAUCAGGAACUUCAAAUCUUUCUUGGAAUGUAGCAUUAGGGAGAAGAGACAGUUUGACAGCCAAUCAAGCUGGAGCUAAUACCUCUAUCCCUUCUCCUUUUGAAGGCUUGGCCAACAUUACUUCUAAAUUCAAUGCUGUUGGCUUAAACACCAAUGAUCUGGUAGCGUUAUCUGGUGCACAUACUUUUGGUCGAGCCCAAUGUCGAACAUUUAGCAACCGGCUGUACAAUUUCAAUGGAACUGGAAAUCCUGAUCCAACUCUAAACACAACCUACUUGGUUAGUCUUCGACAAACAUGUCCACAGAAUGGUAGUGGAUUCAGUCUGAGCAACCUGGAUGUUACUAGUCCAGAUACAUUCGACAACAACUACUUUAGGAACCUCCAAAACCAGCAAGGUCUUCUUCAAUCAGACCAAGAGUUGUUUUCCACAGCUGGUUCUGCCACAGUUUCCAUUGUCAAUACCUUUAUCAGCAACCAAACCGCUUUCUUUGAGAGCUUCGUUCAGUCCAUGAUUAACAUGGGGAAUAUUAGCCCUUUAACAGGAAGCAACGGGGAAAUCAGAUUGGAUUGUAAGAAAGUCAAUGGAAGUUGAAAAUACAAAAGUUACAGAUACAAUAUAUAGUAAAUAAUUAAAAGAUUAUUGAACUUGAA